UGUCCCUGAAAGCUGCUACUAUGAAAGGGUAAACUCGCUGGGCAGAGCCACGCCCAGAGCCAGCAAGACCCCUGCUGAGGGACCCACACCAGCUGCUGCCUCCUCCGCACCCACCCUAAUCACCUGGGCCCCUAGGCCCACCUCACCUUCUCACCCACCUCUGCCCCAACUCCUCCUUCAGCAUGGUUAACUAUUACGAAGUGCUGGGGGUACAGUCGAGUGCCACCCCGGAGGACAUCAAGAAGGCCUACCGGAAGCUGGCCUUGCGCUGGCACCCUGACAAGAACCCUAACAACAAAGAGGAGGCUGAGAAGAAGUUCAAGCAGGUGUCCGAGGCCUACGAGGUCCUGUCCGACUCCAAGAAACGCUCGCUAUACGACCGGGCGGGCUGUGACAGCUGCGGGGCCGGCGGUGGGGCCAGCACCCCUUACAACAGCCCCUUUGACAGCGACUACACCUUCCGGAACCCCGAGGACAUCUUCCGCGAGUUUUUUGGUGGCCUGGAUCCUUUCUCCUUUGACUUCUGGGUCGCCCCCUUCAACAGUGACCAUACCAGCCAGGGCCAUGGCCUGAGGGGCGCCUUCUCCAACUGCUUCGGUGAGUUCCCAGCCUUCAUGGAGGCCUUCUCCGCUUUCGACAAUCUGGGCCGCGGGGGAAGCGCUACCCGCACCACCUUCUCAUCCACCUCCUUUGGGAGCUCUGGCUCUGGCAGCUCAGGGUUCAAGUCAGUGAUGUCAUCCACCGAGUUGGUUAACGGACACAGGGUCACCACCAAGCGCAUCGUGGAGAACGGGCAGGAGCGUGUGGAAGUGCAAGAGGAUGGGCAGCUGAAGUCGGUGACCAUCAACGGCAAGGAGCAGCUUAAACGAGUGGACAGCAAGUAA